CAUAUACAAAAAAAUUAAAAAAAAAAUCUUGUUUUAUGUUUCCAUUGGAAUAGAAAUACUUAUGCCAUAUGUAUAGCGCUCUUACAUUUUUAAAAAAUAUAUUUUCAGAGCAAAUUCUUUUGGAAUGACUUGAUUGAAUCCGAGGUGCGUAAGAUGUUUUGCAAAUGUGCUGCGACUAAACUGAUCGAUAUGAUCAGCCGAGUAAAAGAAAGAGGUAAACAGCCAUAUUGGAUCCUUGAUGAUUACUACAAAGACUUGGUUGCCUACUGGGGAACAGAUAAAGCUAAGGAAAAAAGUAAAAAGGCGUCUAAGAGUCGAAUGUCAGAUCGAAAUGGGCUGGGACCUCAUAAACACCGAGCUGGCUCACGUUCAUAUGCUAGGGUUGCCGAUAUAUUGAAAGAAAAGAACGGAGAUGCAUCUUACAUUGAUGUUCUUCGUGAGACACACAAGAAAUCAGACGGGUCAUUUGUGGAUGAAAGGGCAAGGCUAAUUAGUGAAGGAUUUGAAAAAAAUGUAGCUGAUCAUAUGCUUGAAGAUGAUAUCCUAGUCACAGAAGAGCUAACUUCUGAGAAGAAGAAUCAAAUGUAUUUGAAGUUGGUUGAUUCAACACAAGGUCGUGUGUUUGGUCUUGGAGCUCUUCUUAGUGAGGUUUCCCUCAAUGCUAAAAUGCCAGUCACCAUUGAAACCCACUUAGAAAAUGAUGAGUUCAAGAAAAAGGUGGAAGACAUUUCUCAAGAAAAUGAAGAUAUCAAAGAAAGGCUGAGCAAACUUGAAGGCUUGGAGAAAAUGAUUGCCAUCCUUUGUCCAGCUAUUCUAUCCAGGGGUGUCAACAACAACCAAGUUUAAAUUGGCUGCUUUUGUUAUUUUUCGAAGGUUUUAUUAGUUUUAUUCUAGUUUUAAUUAUUGCUGGUUUUUCUCUAUUAAUGCAUUGUUGAUUUU